GGCAGAUGGACCUACAGUAGUUAUGGCUCCUGAACUGCUCGAAUUUUAGUGAGAAAAAUCCUCGAAAGGAAGGAAGGACCGCAUAUUGACAUCUAUCCGAGGCACCGUGACUUCAUCCUGCAUGGAUCCUCCACGUCAGUCAAAGAUGGUCCUGAUGAGAGCGAUGCUGUCCACGCUGCUCUGCCUGCUGCUGGCUUCCGCCUCCUGGGGCUGUGGACCGGGCAGGGGAUACGGGAAGCGGAGGCACCCUAAGAAGCUGACACCACUAGCUCUGAAACAGUUCAUCCCCAACGUGGCUGAGAAAACCCUGGGAGCCAGCGGCAAGUACGAAGGAAAGAUCAUCCGCAACUCGGAAAGGUUCAAGGACCUGACUCCCAACUAUAACCCCGAUAUUAUUUUUAAAGAUGAGGAGAACACCAACGCAGAUCGGCUCAUGACACAAAGGUGUAAGGACAAACUGAACUCUUUGGCUAUUUCAGUCAUGAAUCAGUGGCCUGGGAUUAAACUUCGGGUCACAGAAGGUUGGGAUGAGGAUGGCCAUCAUUCUGAAGAGUCUCUUCACUAUGAGGGCCGCGCAGUCGAUAUCACCACCUCAGACAGGGAUAAGAGCAAGUAUGGCAUGCUGUCCAGGCUGGCUGUGGAAGCGGGUUUUGACUGGGUCUACUAUGAGUCCAAAGCCCACAUCCAUUGUUCUGUGAAAGCAGAAAACUCUGUGGCUGCUAAGUCUGGAGGAUGCUUCCCUGGUUCUUCUAUGGUGAUCCUAGCAGAAGGAAACACGAAACAACUGAAGGACCUCCAGGUGGGGGACAAGGUGCUGGCUGCUGAUCAAAGAGGAAACCUGGUUCCCAGUGACUUCCUUAUGUUCAUAGACCAGGAUCAACAGAUUUCAAGAGAGUUCCAUGUCCUGGAGACUGAUGAGCCAUGUCAUAGACUGAAAAUGACUCCAGCUCACCUUGUUUUUGUAAUGAACAACAGUACCAACAGCAGCAGCAUUCGUGCCGUGUUCGCGAGUAAUGUAAAACCAGGACAGUGGCUUCUUGUUGUUGGGAAUGACCAGUCGGAAUACCUCAUCCCUGCCAGAGUAACAAGGGUUUAUGUGGAGAAGUAUGAAGGAUCUUAUGCACCUAUGACAUCUCAUGGAACCAUCAUAGUUGACCGGGUUUUGGCAUCCUGCUAUGCAGUAGUUGAGGAUCAUGACCUUGCACACUGGGUUUUCACACCAGUUAGACUGUGGCACUCAUUCUUGUCACUAUUUGGGAUGGUAAAAGAACUCAGCAGUGUGCACCAAGCAGAUGGUGUCCACUGGUACCCAGAGCUCCUCUACUAUGUGGGAAGUUGGCUUCUGGAUAGGAGCUCUUUUCACCCGCAAAGCUGAGAUAUACUGUAUGCUUUAAUAAAUUGUACAUUCACACAAUGCAAUCAAAGAGAGAUGUAUCGCAUUUUAAAGAAUUUCUUUAAAGGCCAAAACAUGGUUUCCUCUGAUACUGACUUUGAAUGCAGACAGGGCAUGCAGUUCCAUUCAUACAAAUAUAGGUUAUGCAUCAGCCUGCUUUUCACAUGGUCACAGUAGCCACAUGGCAAGUAAACAAAACACACACACAGACACACAUGCACACACACAGAGGUUUCUGAAAGUUUGGCUGUGACUUUUAGAAGGUAUUGCCGCUGGUUACAGACUGGCUUAUAGCUCCACGUAAGUAAGAUUAUUCCUAAGGAGUGCAAAUUCUAUAGAACAGCCUGGGCUGGAGUUGGUUGCCCUUCUGUCCCAUGCACAGUAGAUGAUUUCUGAAGAUUUUUAAACCUUCUCAGCUGUUUCCAGGCACCGUUGAUGGAAAGCACACUCCAAAGUCAGGUGGUGACACCUUCUAUUAGAACUCUUCCAGUGACGAAGUAUAGAGGUGUGGAUGAGAGAAAAUCUCUUUGCACAGCCUUUCCUAAUAACAAGCGUUUUGUUUUGACAACCUUUUGUGGACGUAAUAAGUAUGCAGUUAGUGUGCUUGCAGUCCACACAAUCUCAAAUUUUGGGCCCCAUGUGAACAUCUGCAGAGGUGUCCACGCAGACACUCAUGGACUUGAGUAGAUGACAAAAUUCACGUCAUGCACACCACUGUGGACCUUGCAGGUACGUGGACGCAGAAUGCAUGAAUUGGCCUUAAAGCAGCACACAUGUUACUUUAUAAUCUGAUUUUUUAUAUGCUAUAGCUAGAUUGCAAUUUGUGAAAAUUCUGUUUUUCAGGAUUCAAUUUGGGUCAUCUUCACUUUUGUUUUCUCUUGCAAAUAAAUUUGCCUAAAUUAGUUUGUUUAGAGGUGUUCUGCUAGUGACUUCUUGUUUCAUUUCCUUAGAGUGACCUCACUCAUUGACCAUUUUUUUUUAAUUUCAGCAAAUACUUGAGUCUAGUGUUCAUUUUAUGGAGGAAAAAAUGACAAAAUCACAAAAAUAACACCUAGAUUGUAACAUGAGUUACUAUUUAAGCUCUAUAAAAGGUUUAAGCCCAUACUUUCAUGCAAGUCAUGUUUUAAGUACAAUACAAUUGUUUAAUAAUAAGAAUGAAUUUGAAUAAUUUCAUUUGAACUUAGGUGUUGACAAAUGCCAUAUGAUCGUUCUUCUUUGUGAGAGACUGAAAAAGAAAUCAGUAUUUUACUUGAGUGAAAGAGUUUUUUCACAUCAAGAAAUUUAAAGUAAAAUUACUGGAAACAUGUGCUUAGAUAAAAGUAAAAAGCAGAUUAGUAAAAUGUUACUGCAUUGUUAUGUACAGUGGUAAAUCAUCAUACUGUUAACACUGGGCAGAAUUGUGUAGGGGAAAUAUAGCAUAAAUUUAAAAGCAUUAUACAACCUUACUUUACUAUUCAAUAAUUCAUUAAGAUUAUCAUUGCAACUCUACACCUGGAGCUAAAAAAAAAUGAAAAUUGUAAAAAAGUUUAUUUUUGUAAUUUAAUUCAAAAAGAUUGACUGUUGCAUAUUCUAUAUUCAUUGCACAUGAAGUGAAAUAUUUCAAGCCAUAUUUUUUUUCAAUGUUAUUGCUUAUAGCUCUUGAAAAUCAGAAAUCAAGUAUCUCAAAGUAUGAGCAUAUUUCAUUUCAGGUUUGUCUAAAUUAGUAUUCAAACAGUAUGAAUACUGUAUCUCUUGGUCUAGUUCAGUACAUGCAACCACAAUCAUGGGGAAGACUACUGACUUGGGAAAUUUUCCAGAAGACGAUCAUCAACACCCUCCACAAGGAGGGUAGACUACAGAAGGUCAUUACUGAAAAGGCUGGCUGUUGGCAGAUUGCUGUAUUGAAGUAUAUUAAAGGCAAGUUGACUGGAAGGGAAAAGUGUGGCAGGAGAAGGUGCACAAGCAACAGAGAAAGUUGCAAGAAAAGUAGAUGCAAGACCUUGGGGGAAGUCCACAAGCAGUGGACUGAAGCUGGUGUCAAGAGCCACUUUAGAACCUAAUAUCAAGACAUUCCUGAACCAGAGACAUCAGAAGGUCCUACCUGGUCUGAGGAGAAAAACAGCCGGACUUCUGCUCAGUGGGCCAAAAACUUUUUUUUUUCAGAUGAAAGUAAAUUUUAUAUUUCAUUUGGAAUUUAAGAUCCUAGAUUCUGGAGGAAGAGUGAAGAGACACAGAAUCCAAGGUAUUUGAAGCCCAGUGUGAAGUUUCCACAGUCAUGUCAUCUGCUGGUGUUGGUCCACUGUGUUUUAUCAAGUCCAAAGUCAACAGAGUGUCCACCAGGAGACUUUAGAGCACUUCACCUCCAUCUGCUGACAAUCUUUAUGGAGAUAUUGGUUUCCCUUUCAAACAUAGCACCUGCUCACAGAGCCAAAACUACUACCAAAUGGUUUGCUGAUUAUGAUAUUACUGUGCUUGAUUGGCCAGGCAACUCAACUGACCUGAAGAUGACCUAAAAAUACAGAAGAACUGAAGGCUAUCAAAGCAGCCUAGACUUCAAUAGCACCUAAGCAGUAACACAGGCUGGUGGCCUUCAUGCCACACUGCAUUGAUACAGUAAUUCAUGGUUAAGGAGACAAAAGACCAAAUUAGAGGAACAAAUAUAAAGAGUGUAUAAAGAGUGUGUAAAUGAGCAAACUUUUCAGAAGCUGGACUUUUCUGUAUUGUUAAUACUUUGUUGGAUUGAUCAAAGGACAUGUUUUAAAAUUAUGAGACUGGAUUUUUGAUUUUUAUUAGCGAAAAGUAAUUACCAUCAAAAUUAAAAUUUCAAAUUACAUGCAACUGAUAUGGAAUAACAGAAAUACAUGAAGGUUUACCUUUUUGAAUGAAAUUACUUGUUUGGAUUUCUAUUAACCAGUCACAAUUGUAUUGGGCUGUUCUAAGCCAAGUUUGCAGCAACUAGCAACUGCAAACUAGUGACCAGGGAACUGUUUUAUUUGAACAUUUGCACAUAAUGAGACGAGCACUGUAACUGAAGUAGCUAAUUCAUCAAAAUGACCAAGCAUGCCUACGUUAUUACAUUAACCAAAUCCUUGGCAAAACUUUCCAUUUUCGGAUAUGUAGGAUGCUGCUCUGAGGUUGUUGUUGUUUCCCAUUGCUAAGAGGAUUUUGAAAACAAUAGAUAGUAAAAGGGGAGGAGAAAGCCACGUGGUCUGAAACAGCAAGGCUUAUUCCCAAAGUCUACGUUCAAUGAGUCAGACUAGUGACUCUACGACCCAUUCUAUACCUCCUGAUUACUUCUUGGUAAGUGAUCAUCCUUUUUUUUCUUUGUUUGUCAACUCACAUGUCAGAUUUUGUCAAACUUCUUGACAUUUUUUUUUCAUGAGCAGCCAUGAUGCAGACAUGCAGAAAGACACAGCCCAUAAGUUUGAAACUGAGAAACCUCUAGUUUUCACACGUUUCCUGAUCAACAUGUUAGUGCAGUCAGGCUGAUUUAAAAUCACAUGUCAUUUUGUUUCAAGAAAAACAAGAUUUUAAACUUGUCUGUCAAUGAUCACUGCACACGGAUGUAUUCAGUUUUGUUGCAGUAAGUUAUUAUUGUUAUUAUUGUGAUGCGUGUAUUUUAGUGUAGUCUUUCUAUAGUAUUUGUUUUUGAUUAUUCAUCAGAGGAAAUGCUAAACUGUUCAACUUAGGAAAAUGCAGUUAUUGAGAGGUGACACUGUUAUGAAUAGUUUGACAUUUAAGUAAUGGUGCACUGGUUUGUGUUCACUUACACUACCGUUCAAAAGUUUGGGGUCACUUAGAAAUGUUCUUAUUUUUGAAUGAAAAACAUUUUUUUCUUUCUAUGAAGAUAACAUUAAAUGACUGAGAAAUCCAGUCUAGACAUUGUUAAUGUGGUAAAUGACUAUUCUAGCUGGAAACAGCUGAUUUUUAAUGGAAUAUCUCCAUAGGGAUACAGAGGAACAUUUCCAGCAACCAUCACUCCUGUGUUCUAAUGCUACAUUGUGUUAGCUAAUGGUAUUGAAAGGCUAAUUGAUGAUUAGAAAACUCUUGUGCAAUUAUGUUAGCACAAGAAUAAAAGUGUGAGUUUUCAUGAAAACUUGAAAUUGUCUGGGCGACCCCAACUUUUUGAAUGGUAGUGUAUGUUGUACACCUUUCAGGCAUAACAUUAUGACCACCUGCCUAAUAUUGUGUUGGUCCCCUUUAUGCUGCUAAAACUCCUCUGACCCAGUGGGGCAUGAACACAGGACCUCUGGGGAUGUUCUGUGUCACCAGGAUGGUGGCAGUGAAUUCUGUGGGUUCUGUGGGUUGCAGGGGUGCAUUGUCCUGCUGAGGGUGUCACCUGGCAUCAAGGACCUGCUGUUGAUAUGGGGGGUCGAGGGGUCGAGGGGUUGCUUGACUUGCAAUGUUUAGGUGGGUGGUACACGUCAAACAUCCACAUGAAUGUCAGGACUCAAGGUUUCCCAGCAGAAUGUUGCAUUAAAACAAGAUGAUCGAUGUUUUUCACUCCACCUGUCAGUGGUCAUAAUGUUGUGGCUGAUCGGUGUAUAAUGUUCUAUGUUUCUGAGUCCAGUUUGAGCAUACAGUGUUUAUCAUUUAGUGAAUUGGUCUGUCAGGAAGAGAGACAGGAAUGAAGAAUGCCAGUGGGUUGGAAAAGGAUUUUGCUGUUCCAACACUGAUAACAUGUUUAUUUAUUAUUUUUCUGUCUAACAUCUUUGGCCUAUGCGAUAUAUGGACAUGUUAGAACCGUCAGUGUUUCUGGGUCUAAAACCCAUUCUGAAUGAUCAGUGUAUUUAAGUGUAGUAAAAGACUGAGUUAUUGUGAUUGUUAUGACUGACUGUUAGGAUCAAUUAUAUUUUCAUUAAUGGAUAUACAGUACGACAUCAAUAAAUUAUUUUUUUAUA